AUGCAUCUCCCCAACAUUCUCCUUGCCUCGGCCUUGACGCUUGCCCCGGCCGUCUACGGUUACGGCGUCGCAACUGUUGACAUCGCCUACCACGAAGCCUGCCACAAUGGCGAAGCCCCUAACAACAGCGUUGACGACCCUGAGUCCACCGUCGUGACCAAGGACACCUGCACCCAGGUGCGUGCCAAGCACUCCUUUGACAUCGACGCGUAUUCCUUCUCCGUCACGCCGGUUACCAAGGACACGACGUACGUGUGCCACGCUGUUGGUAUCUACACGAACGAUGAGUGCGUGGGCCUCCCGAUUUCUGUUAUCCCUCUCUUCCCCGAGAAUAAUGAGGCGAAGACACCGUGCAUCAGUGACGGUUACUUCGACAAGAACGUCUCUCUGAAGCUGUACUGUGAGGAUGGUAAGGACGAUGACCACGAGGAGCAUGGCCAUGGGCCUGAGCAUGAUAAGGACAACCAUGAGGAUGUCGAUGAUAAUGACCAUAAUGACACCCAUGAGGCUUAUGAUAAGGAUGGAGCUGAGUAUGGAGCUGAGGAUGCGGAUCACCGUGAAAUGCAGACUCCUGAGGCUAAGCCAAAGGGUAUUGAGGGUAUCCUUGACGGUGUGAACUUAAUCCAAGUCAACUUUUGUCCCUGA